AUGUCUACUGAGGUCAUUCAUCAGGUUGAAGAGGCACUUGAUGAAGACGAGAAGAAAAUGCUUCUUUUUUUGUGCCGGGAUGUGGCUGCAGAUGUUGCUCCGCUUAAUGUCAGGGACCUUCUGGAUAUUUUAAGUGAGAGAGGAAUGUUGUCUGCCAUGGGCUUGGCCGAGCUGCUCUACAGAGUGAGGCGGUUUGACUUGCUCAAGCGGAUCUUCAAGAUGGACAGAAAGGCAGUGGAGGCCCACUUGCUCAGGCACCCUCGCCUUAUUUCGGACUAUAGGGUGCUGAUGACAGAGAUUGGUGGUAAUUUGGAAAAAUCUGAUCUGUCCUCAUUAUUUUUCCUCAUGAGGGAUUAUACUGGCCGAGAAAAGGGAGCCAAGGAUAAGAGUUUCCUAGAUCUCGUGAUCGAAUUAGAGAAACUUAAUCUGAUUGCUCCAGAUCAAUUGGAAUUACUAGAGAAAUGCCUGAAGAACAUCCACAGAGUAGACCUGAAGACAAAAAUCCAGAAAUACAAGCAGUCAGCUCAAGGAGCUGGGACAAGUUAUAUAAAUGCACUCCAGGCAUCAUUCCCAAAUUUGAGUCUUAAGGAUCCUUCAUGUAACUUAAGGCUCCAGAAUGGGAGAAGUAAAGAACAAAGACUCAAUGUGGGACAACUUGACCUUCAAAGAGAAUCAGUGAAGGCAUCCAUCCAGGAAUCGGGAGCAUUUCUACCGCGGCACAUACCAGAAGAGAGAUACAGGAUGCAGAGCAAGCCCCUAGGAAUCUGCCUGAUAAUCGAUUGCAUUGGCAAUGCCAUAGAGUUUCUUCGGGACACCUUUACUUCCCUGGGGUAUGAAGUCCAGUAUUUCUUGUAUCUGAGCAUGGACAGUAUCAUCCAGAUUCUUCGCCAAGUUGCCUGCAUGCCCCAACACCAAGACUAUGACAGCUUUGUGUGUGUCCUGGUGAGCCGAGGUGGCUCCCACAGUGUGUUUGGCGUGGAUCAGACACACUCGGGUUUCCCUUUGGAUCAGAUCAGGAGGAUGUUCAUGGGAGACGCAUGCCCUUCUCUCUUAGGGAAGCCAAAGCUCUUUUUUAUUCAGAACUAUGUGGUAUCAGAGGACCCGCUGGACAACGGCAGCUUGCUGGAGGUGGACGGACCAGCCGUCCACAACGUGGAAUCCAAAGCCACGCAGCCUGGGCCAGGCACCAUUCACCGAGAAGCGGACUUCCUCUGGAGCCUGUGCGUGGCAGACGUGUCCCUGUUGGAACGGCCCUACAGCUCUCCGUCAUUGUACCUGCAGUGCCUGUCCCAGAAACUGGGGAAAGAAAGAAGACGCCCACUCCUCGAACUCCACAUUGAACUCAACGGCACUGUGUAUGAUUGGAACAGCAGAGUGUCUGCUAAGGAGAGGUACUAUGUCUGGCUGCAGCAUACUCUGAGAAAGAAGCUUAUCCUCUCCGGCAAAUGAACAGCCCAAAGGCUUUCGUAGCCCUGCCGUCUCCACCACUAGCCAGAGGUAGUUUUCAAGCGAGUCUAUGUGUCAUGUGGGGAAGGUGAGGUCCCAUAGGUGCCGAAAUGAGCCUCUGUGAGGAAUGUGGUCAGGAGGGUGUGUUUGAACCAAAGCCUCUGGAUGGAAGGCUUUGGCUUCUGUUGCUGAAAGCAUGUCAAGCCUGUGUUAGGAAGGAAAUGGCUGUGAAACCUGAAAAAAGGACUGGUUGAGUUGGGUGCCUCAGGAUUAUGUUGCCUUCCUUCGUGUGAUCAAAUAAACCAGAGCCACGGAGCUAGGGUUGUAGAUACACAGUCUAUUAGCCUGUGGGUAUCCAUGCUCCAAUAGAAAAGUUAAAAAAAAAAAAACAAAAAGCCACAACAAGGAAACAUAACAUACACUUAAACUCUUUUUUUUUUUUAAAGAUUUUAUUUAUUUAUUUGACAGAGAGAGACAGCGAGAGAGGGAACACAAGCAGGGGGAGUGGGAGAGGGAGAAGCAGGCCUCCCGCCGAGCAGGGAGCCCAAUGCGGGGCUCGACCCCAGGACCCUGGGAUCAUGACCUGAGCUGAAGGCAGACGCUUAACGACUGAGCCACCCAGGCGCCCCCGUACACUUAAACUCUUACGUACCGCCAGCCACCACAGUUAACGUGCGAUUUUUUUCCUGUACCCAAGAAAACAUGUCUGAAUGUGAAGACUGGGUGGCUGUCCUCCUCUGUUCAGGUUCCUAUGACAAAGUACCGGACACGGGAGGGCUUAGAGAAACACCUACUUCUUGCGGUUUUAGAGACUGGGAAGUCCAAGAUCAAGGCGCUGGCAGGUCUGGUGUCUGAUGAGGACCCGCCUCUGGGUCUGCUGGUGGCCAUGUUCUUGCUGGGCCCUCACAUGGCAGAGGACAGAGAGAGGAAGCAAGCUGUCUUGUGAUGGUUCCACCUUCAUGACCCUAAUUACCUCAAAAUGCUCUGUUGCCUAAUAUCAUCACACUGAGAGUUAGGGUUUCAACCUAUGCAUUUGGUGAGGGACACGAACAUUCAGUGCACAACCAUGCCUUUAUAAUUCGAGAUUGCUUGUCUGUCUGGGACUCAAGUGGUAUUUUACAACUAAUCACAUAUACCUUUCUUUCUCAGGUUUGAGGCGAUGACCUAAAAGCAGGUCAUUAUUUAAAAUAUCAUUUAAAGUUUAAAAAAAAUUAUUUAUUUUUAUAUUUUUUGACUUGGUGUUAAAUGCUGUGUAUCUCUAUGUGUAAAUGCAGUAAACUAUUUCAAGUCUUAUGUAAUAGCCCCAAACUGAAAAUUUGCCCAGUGUUCAGGAAUACGAGUAUGGUAAUGAUGUUAUAUUCACUGAUUGGUAUUUUAUGUAACCAUUAAAAUUAUGUUUAUAGGGGCACCUGGGUGGCUCAGUCGUUAAGCGUCUGCCUUCGGCUCAGGUCAUGGUCCCAGGGUCCUGGGAUCGAGCCCUGCAUCAGGCUCCCUGCUCCCCGGGAAGCCUGCUUCUCCCUCUCCCACUCCCCCUGCUUGUGUUUCCUCUCUCGCUGUCUCUCUCUCUCUCUCUGUCAAAUAAAUAAAUAAAAUCUUUUUAAAAAAAUAAAUAAAAUUAUGUUUAUAAAUAAUAAGAGCUUACAUUGAGCUGUUAUUAGCUCAUUACAUAAAUUACAUGGAUUAUCUCAUUUAAUCCCCCCUCAAAAGCAGCUCUAUGAGGUAGGUAUUACUGCUCUCAUUUUUUCCUCCAUUUUAUAGAUGAGGAAAAUGAGCACAGUGAUGUUAAGUAGCUUACCCAGGGUCACCCCAUACUAGGAUAUAGACUCAAGCCAUAUAAAGAGAGCCACUUUGGGGCCCAAAUCCUUAACCAGUUCACAAUAUGGCCUUGACAGAACAUCAUAAUGAGAAAAAUGCUCAUAUAUUCAUGUUACCUGGGAAAGAGUACAAAAUAGUCUGUUUAUUGUAACUAUGCUUAAAAGAAAAAAAACCUCUCAUAGGAAAACAAAAGGCCAGAAAGAAAUGGUUCAAAUGGCAUAUGGGUGACAGACCUCUGGCUGAUAUUUUCUCUUUCUGUUUCCCAAAUUCUCAUCUCUUUUGUCUACACAUUUGAGAAUAUUGGCUUCUGCCCUAAAGCCUAGGUAAUUCCUUUCAACUUUCAAGUAGUUGGUUCUUCAUCACCAACAAAACUACCCCUCUCUUCUUACUUUUGUCCUCACUUCUCUCUAGCCCCUCUUUUCCAGAAGCAGGACCCCUAGUCUCAGGGCUGCUUUUCUGAGCCACUGGUUAGGAUGACUGAUUAGUCAACCCCUCAUUGACCCUCAUCCCUACCCCUGUUCUAUCCCAUCUGCUGUUCUAUUCCAUUCCCCAAUUCCUUCAACCCUCUUCCUUGAAUAGGUCAUCAUUGGGGUCACUUGAAACCUUCUUCUCUCUGCAGUGUUUGAUAUGAGAAUCUCUUCUUGCCCUCUGAGAUUUUAGGAGCAAGUGUUCAGGAUUGAGGAUGUUAUUUAUGCUGCCAGGAGGUCAGAGUUUGAGGUCAACCAUGUCAAUUUGUCUGUGUUCAGACUCCACUUGCUGUCCCCACCGACUCAUUUUCUUUUUCCUUAGUAAUAGAAAACUUGAUUUGUAACGGGGCACAAAGCUUCACAGAAUAUAGUCUACUUGGCCAAGCUCCAACUUGUAGCUAGAUGUGGUCAUGUGUCGAGGUCCUGGCCAAUAACAUGUCGGCAACAGUAUCAUUUGGCAGCUGCUGAGAACUUUCCUCCAAAGGCAGUUGUUUUUUCUCAACAUGGUACUGGCACAAAAAUAGAUGCAUAGAUCAAUAGAACAGAAUAAAGGGCCAGAAAUAAACCAUAUAAAUGAUUAUAUGGUCAAUUAAUCUAUGACAAAGGUGGCAAGGAUAUGCAAUGGGGAAAAGACCGUUUCUUCAACGAAUGGUGUUGGGAAAAUGAGAUAGCUACAUGCAAAAGAGUGAAACUGGACCACUUUCUUAACUGUACACAAACACAAACUCAGAAUGGAUUAAGGACCUAAGUGUGAGACCAGAAACCAUAGAAAUCCUAGAAGAAAGCACAGGCAUAAUUUCUCUGACAUUGGCUGUAGCAAAAUUUUUCUAGAUGUGUCUCCUGAGACAAGGGAAACAAAAGCAAAUAUAAACUAUGGGGACUACAUCAAACUAAAAGCUCCUACACAGCAAAGGAAACAAUCACAAAAACUAAAAGGCAACCUGCUGAAUGGGAGAAGGUAUUUGCAAAUGAUAUAUCUGAUUAAGGGUUAAUAUCCAAAAUAUAUAAAGAACUUAGCUCAACAGCCAAAAAACAAUCUGAUUAAAAAUGGGCAGAAUACAUGAAGAGACAUUUCUCCAAAGAAGACAUACAGAUGGCCAACAGAUACAUGAAAAGAAUGGAAUAUUACUCAGCCAUCAAAAACAAUGAAAUCUUGCCAUUUGCAACAACGUGGAUGGAACUAGAGGGUUUUGUACUAAGUGAAAUAAGUCAGUCAGAGAAAGACAAGUAUCAUAUGAUUUCACUCAUGUGGAAUUUAAGAAACAAAACAGAUGAACAUAGGGGAAGGGAAGGAAAAAUAAGAUGAAAACAGAGAGGGAGACAAACCAUAAGAGACGCUGAACUCUAGGAAACAAACUGAGGGUUACUGGAGGGGAGGAAAGUGGGGGGAUGGGAUAACUGGGUGAUGGGCAUUAAGGAGGGCACUUGAUGUAAUGAACACUGGGUGUUACGUGCAACCGAUGAAUCAUUAAAGUCUACCUCUGAAACUAAUAAUGCACUGUAUGUUAAUUAAAUUGAAUUUAAGUAAAAAAAAAAAAAAGAAGAAAUAGCAGGUGCUGGCAAGGAUGUGGAGAAAAAGGAACCCUCGUGCACUGUUGGUGGGAAUGCAAACUGGUGUAGCUGCCGUGGGGAAUGAUAUGGAAGUUCCUCAAAAAAUUAAAAACAGAAUUAUCAUAUGAUCCAGUAAUUCUACUAUUUACCUAAAGAAUACAAGAACACUAAUUCAAAAGGAUAUAUGCACCCUUAUGUUUAUUGCAGCAUUUUAUUUACAAUAGCCAAGAUAUGGAAGCAACCCAAGUGUCCAUCCAUAGAUGAAUGGAUAAAGAAGAUGUGGUAUAUACAUAUACACAGUGGAAUAUUACUCAUUCAUAAAAAAGAAUGAAAUCUUAUCAUUUGCAACAACAUGGAUUGAUCUAGAGAGUGUAAUGCUAAGUGAAAUAAGUCAGUCAGAGAAAGACAAAUACCGUAUGAUUUCACUCAUGUGGACUUUGAGAAGCAAAACAAAAGAACAAAGAAAAAAAAGAGGCAAACAGACUCUUAAAUACAGGAAACAAACUGAUGGCUACUAGAGGGGAGGUGGAGGGGUUGGGUGAAAUAGGUGAAGGGAAUUAAAAGUACACUUAUCAUGAUGAGCACUGAGUAAUAUAUAAAAUGUUGAAUCACUAUAUUAUAUACCUGAAACUAAUAGAACACUGUAUGUUAACUAUAUUAGAAUUAAAAUUUUAAAAAGGCAGUUGUUUAUUGCCCUUCACCUUUUUGUCCCUUCCUCUAUCUUGCUGACUAGAAUGUAGUUGGCUGGAGCCAUCUGUGAGGAUAAGGGCUACGCUGUAGGGAUAGCUAAGUGGUGAGCAGGAAGGAGGCUUCUUGGAUGAGGACAGUCUGGAUUUUUAUGUGAGAGAAAAAAUGUAGGAUUUAUACUUCUUUCCUAACACAGUCCAAUGAUGCAUUAUUAUCUGAUUAAAAUGUUUAGAAUGUUUAUGCAUGUUAUAAGUUUAAAAGAAAAAUUUAUCUAGAUGAUUUUAAUUUUCUGAUUAUUGUUUAAAAAUGUAUGCACACUUAAAAUCUGAGCUACCUAAAAUCUGAGCACACUAAAAUCUGAGCAUCUUGGUUUCUUCCAAGUUUUGGCAUUGUGAAAAAGGGUGUGAUAAACAUUUGCAUGUUGAUUUUUGUGUGGAUAUAAGUGUUUGGCUCAUUUGGGUAAAUACUUAGGAGAACAAUUGUUGGAUUGUAUGGCAGGCCUAUGUUUAACUCUGGAAGGAACACAAGACUGUAUUCCCAAGUGGCUAUAGCACUUUGCAGAGUUCCUGUUGCUUCACAUCCUUGCCAGUAUUUGAUGAUGUUAGUGUUUUAGAUGUUAGCCAUUUUAAUAGAUGUAUAGUGAUAACACGUUUUAAUUUGCGAUUACCUAAUGGCAUGAUAGUGAGCAUCUCUUUAUAUCCUUAUUUGAAAUCUAUAUAUCUUCUUUGUUGAGAUGUCUGUUCAA